UCUUGAAACAUGCUGCUUCUCUGUGUUUUUCUCCUUCUACUGUGGCAUCCCGGUUCUAGCGACCAUACGUUUCCAUUUUUCGGCUCAGUGGCAGUCGUGCCUGCGCUGAAGACGCUGGUGCCGACGGGAACGCCACUGAUCGGCUCGAACAUCGGCGUUGCAAUACCCUUUGAGGUCGUCGUGCCGGACCCGGGAAAGCUCAUGCUCAACAUGCGCUCACUGGAGCCCGGACAUGACAGGUGGAAUCUGUAUCGGGGUCUCGCCUGGUUCCUGCGACGUUUCGGACUGGAUGGCGAGGCAUGCGUCAAGAGGUCGCUCUGCGAAGUGGCCUCCAUGCCCAGGAUGCCGGGCCUGCUGGGAGACGUCGUAGAGGCGCUGUUCACGAUACCCAAGGACCAUCACAACUUAUCCAUUCUAGACGAUUAUUACAAGGCGUCCAAACGUGGUCGAACUCUCGGCGAGUGCGACGCCGGCUACUCUGAAUGCCCGGUAUCUCUGUACGAAUUGCCAAACUACGCGCAAGUUCGGUGGCUCUGAUUCUUGUAGUUCACUAGGACAAAUUGUAAUUAAUGUGUUGCAUUUUGAUGGCUCGCAUUGGCCAGCCAAAAAUCUGGU